UUCCAGUUUCGUUGACCUUGAGUAAACUCAUAUAUAUUGGGCAUUGAGUGCGGAUUCUUAGUAUUUUUUUGGUGUGGAUGAACUCCUCUGUCCUUGAUAACGGCAACCAUUCAAACGGUCGAAUCCACGACAUGUCUAGUAACAUAAUGAAGUCUGACUCUGUUGUGAUAGAUGACAACUUUCGAGGAUUUCCCACGGAGUAUUUCUGCACAUCUCCUCGGUAUGACGGGUGCUUAGAAUAUGUUCUAAUACCAAAUGGCAUGAUAAAAGAUAGGCUUGAAAAAAUGUCAAUGGAUAUUGUUGAUUAUUACGAGGCUUGCAAUGCGACAUCGAUCACGCUUAUGUGUGUUCUCAAAGGUGGAUUUAAAUUCCUUGCAGAUCUUGUUGAUGGAAUUGAACGCACUAUCCGUGCUCGAGGUAUCGUCCUACCAAUGUCCGUUGAGUUUGUUCGUGUUAAGAGUUAUGUUAAUGAUGUCAGUAUUCAUGAGCCUAUAUUAACAGGUUUAGGAGAUCCUUCAGAAUACAAAGAUAAGAAUGUCCUUGUCGUCGAAGAUAUAAUUGACACAGGAAAAACAAUAACGAAACUUAUAAGUCAUCUGGAUAAUUUGUCUACGAAAAGUGUUAAAGUCGCGAGCCUUCUCGUCAAACGAACAUCACCCAGGAAUAAAUACCGACCAGACUUUGUUGGUUUUGAAGUUCCAAAUCGAUUUGUUGUUGGCUAUGCUUUAGACUAUAAUGAUAAUUUCCGUGACCUUCACCAUAUUUGCGUGAUUAAUGAAGUGGGUCAGAAAAAAUUCUCUGUACCAUGUACAUCGAAAUCUAUUUAAAUGUGUUUUAUAACUGGUAAUUAACAAUAAACUACAUAGACAGAAUUUCCUCAUCAUGGACAUUCUGUAAAUAAUUUAUCAAUAUCAUAUAAAAUAGUAACUUGAUUAUCUUUAAGAUGAAAAGAUAACAACAAUAACAACGUCUUCUACACUUUCGUUAUCCUUAUCUUUACUAUACUAUACUAUAGUAUAUAUAUCGUUAGUCUGUACCUGUAUAAUCGACAUAUCUUAAUGAUAUAUAUAUAUAUAUGUUAUUACUACGAAACCGAUUUAUCCGCAUUAUAUUCUUAACUUAUUUUUUUCCCUUUAUUUAUAAGAUCAUAUUUGGCACACAAUUGUUUUGUUGUUGUUGUUGUUCUUUUCUUUUCUUUUCUUCUUUAAUCCUUUCAUUUACGUUUAUCAAUUGGUGAAUUUAAUUGGCUAUUUAUCUUACCGUUUUAUUUCUCUCCACUUUUAUUAUAUUAAAAUAUUUCUUCAGAAGAGAUUUUAAUGUUUAGUUGACGAAUAAUGAUAAUUAAUUUUUCAAUGUUGUUAUUUGUUACUUAUUAUAAUAUUUUAGUAUUAUUGUUAUUAUUUAAAUGUAUAUUGGUUAAAAUAAAACUAAGAUCAAAUGGA